ACGACAUCUACACAUCCAUCCAUCCAUCCACACUCCAGCCGCCACCAUUGAUCCAUCAGAAUCCACACCCACAGCCUGAAUCCACCAUCCCUUCUCCAAAAAGAGAGAGGAAAGCUCGGACCCACAUACAUACCUGCCAAGAUCCAGCAGACAAGAAAGACAGUUGAAAGGAUAGACGGAUAGACAAGAAGCAUAUCUUAUCAUCACGAACACAAGCUAGCUAUCAGAAGCUAUCAGCAAACAACCAAACACAAUCAUGUCCACCAACGGCAUCACCACGGACGAGAAGUCCAACGGCACCACCACCAACAACGAGAGUGUGGUUUCGAAAUCCCAAUUCCUCUCUCACCUCCAAACCUACCCCCUCCUAACCUCCGCCUACACAACCCUCACCACCCACCCCUACGCCGCCACCCCCCUCUCUCUCACCCACCGCACAAUCGACACACUCACCCCCUACGCCACCCCCUUCGUCACCCCCGUGGCGCCAUACGUCACACCUUACCUGAUCAAGCUCGAUUCGCUCGCUGAUUCCGGAUUGAGUGCGUUUGAUGCCAGGGUGCCUGCCGCCAAAAAGCCAACUUCUGAGCUGUACGAACAAACCCGCGAGUUGGCUCUUACACCAUACACAUUGAGCAAGGAGGGGAGCGAUUUCGUCUGGAAGACUUAUGAGGGAGAAGUCAAGCGCGCGGAUGCGAAGGGUGUUAUUGGCUACAGCAGGGCAGUGGUCGGAACUGGAUUCGUCGUCGGUGGAGAAGUCAUUCACUGGGCGAGGGGGGAGGGGAAGAAGGUCGUUAAUGGGGAGAAGGCUUAGAGAGGGUAUUUUUGGCCUGGGGAUGGGAGAGAGGGAUAAUAGAAUUGGAAGGGGAGCGCUUGAUGCGCGGAUUUGACAAGAUCGGAUUGGAUGGGAGGAUGUUUGAUAAACCACAGACAGACGGGAUUAUUGUUUAUUGUUAAUAGGCGCGUGUUCAUAGAAUUCGGAAAUCCAAAAAGCCUUUUCUUCACUCACCCUCAGU